AUGAAUUUCGAGGAGGACGAAAAGACAUCAUCAGGACGAAAACAGCGCAGAGGAGGAGGAGGAGAAAGAGGAAGCGCGAAAACAACAUCGACGACGACGACGACGGCGAGGAGAACGACGAGCAAUAACAAUAAUAAUAAUGAUAGUAACAACAAUAACAAUAACACCAUCAACAUGGACGCGGCGCCGUCGUCGCCGACGCCGAACAUGGCACCACCGAAACACCCGCCGCCGACGCCGAUGAAACCUUUACGAAGGAAGAGAAGAACUUCCGCUCGAUUAGGAGUACGAGGACGAGGAGGAGAAAGAGAAAGAGAAGGAGACGACGAUUUAGAAAACGACGAUUUAGAAAACGACGAUUUAGAAGACGAGAGCGAAGACGAGGUGUACUUCAACGCCGCCACGUCGGGGGCCCCGCAGAACAAUACUAGUAAUAAAAAGAAACCAGUUCCGACUCGGCGCAAACUCGAAGACGCGUUCGAUCGCAUCGCCGAGAAGAGAGGCGGUAAAGGUAAACUCCUCUCUCGCGCGUUCGACGAUUUCGAGGAAGAGUACGAGUGCGAAGAAAAAAACAAUACCGACUGA